UUUAAAGCAAUGGUGGUUUGCUGGAUUCUUGGACUGGGGUGCCUUGUCUCUUGGAACAGUUUGCUGACUAUAGGAGAUUACUACUAUAACUUGUUUCCGCGAUACCACCCUUCAAGGGUACUUACCCUUGUUUAUCAACCAUUUGCAUUUGCAACAACAGCAGUACUAACUUACAAAGAGGCAAAGAUCAAUACUAGAUGGUGGAACUUAAUAGGAUACACUCUCUUCUUUGCAAGUACAUUGUCACUCCUAGUUUUGGACUUAGCCACAUCUGGGAAAGGAGGAGUUGGCCCUUAUAUUGGAAUAUGUGUAAUUGUUUGUUUUAUUGGAGUUGCAUCUGCCAAUGUUCAAGGUGGAAUGGUGGGUGAAUUAUCUUUCAUGCUCCCUGAACUCGUCCAGUCCUUUCUUGCUGGUUGGGCUGCAGCAGGGACUCUAACUUCUGUUUUGAGGCUACUCACAAAAGCAGCAUUUGAGAAAUCUGAUAAUGGUCUUCGCAAAGGGGCUUUGUUAUUCCUAGCAAUCUCAACGUUCAUCACGUUUCUCUGUUUUAUUCUCUAUGCCUCAUACUUCCCUAGCUUGCCAAUAGUGGUGUACUACCGCUCAAGGGUAGCUUCAGAAGGAUCAAAAACAGUAUCAUCCGACCUUGCUGCUGCUGGAAUCCAAGUGGAAGCAAACCAAGAAGUUGAAGGGAAUGCCACACCCCAACAACGAUUGAGCAUUAAACAACUUUUCUUUCAGAACAUUGAUUAUGCAUUGGACCUGUUCCUGAUCUAUGCAAUGACAUUGUCAAUUUUCCCUGGAUUCAUAUUUGAAAAUACAGGAGCACACCAAUUGGGCUCAUGGUACCCACUUGUUCUGAUCACCAUGUUCAAUGUCUGGGAUUUCUUAGCAAGAUACAUUCCACUUGUGCAAUGCCUGAAGAUAGAAUCUAGAAAGGGUCUUAUGAUUGCAGUUCUUUCUCGCUUCUUACUCAUCCCAGCAUACUACUUCACAGCAAAAUAUGGUGACCAAGGAUGGAUGAUCAUUCUCACAUCCUUCCUGGGAAUAUCCAAUGGUUACCUCACUGUCUGCGUCCUCACAAUAGCACCUAAAGGUUACAAGGGACCUGAGCAAAAUGCCUUGGGUAAUAUGCUCGUGUUGUGUCUUUUAAACGGUAUAUUUGCAGGUGUUUCUCUUGAUUGGUUGUGGCUAAUAGGUCAUGGCCACUUUUAA